UAGAAGCCAACUGUUCCAGCUCACCAAGUGACAGCGCGAACUAUUCUAACUUGCUUUCAACCAUCAAAAUGAACGCAGCCACAACCACGUUCCUCGUCUUCCAAUUGAUGCUAAUAUGCUGGUCGACCGUGACGGUGGUGGCCAACCCGCCGGCCGAAACCAGCAACGCGUCCUCCAAGAACCUGGAGGAUUUCAGAAAUCAUUUGCGAUCGACGUUAACAAAUUACUUAAUGACACAGACUCACGCCAGAUACGGUAAGCGAAUGGCUCCCGCGCUAAUAAGCAAAGCCAAUUGGAGCGUCCAAAAUCCAACCGAAGAAUGGACCGGACCCUACGGCAACGCGGUGGCAACAAGCGGCAAGGGCGGAAACGUGAUGGACAUCUGCUUUAAAAUCAACACGUCUCCGGAUAUUGACAAUCUAUAACUUUAGUCAUGUUUCCUUAUUAUUUUUCUAAAAAUAUGUUGCACUUAUUUUAACAUUCGAACUGGUGUUUAAUUGGUGAAGACUUACAUAUAUCUAUCUUGAAAAUAUAUAUAAAGUUACGUGUCCUCAGCA